AUGACUUCCUCAGUUAGCGAAUAUACACUUAGUCAGUCCAAACUUGAAAAGGCAUUUGGAGUACGAAAAAUCGGAGAAUUAAAGUAUGAAGGUUUGAUACCAUUAACCAAGCCUUCGGUGGGAUCUCGUGGUGUUUUCGGGGGUAAUCUCUGUGGACAAUCGCUUUUGGUGGCCAUGGAAAGUGUUGAGGAAGGGUUCACGCCUCAUUCACUCCAUUCAUACUUUGUGAAAGCCGGUGAUGAUACAUUCCCAUGUCAAUACGAGGUGGAAAAAGUCAGCGAUGGGAAGAAUUUUGCCAAUAGACUAAUUCGAGUGGUUCAAAAGGGAGAAACUAAAUACCUUGUCAUGAUCUCAUUGACGAGAAGAAACUCAUUUUCCGAUGCUGCUAAGCAGUUUCAAGCUGGAAAAUCAAAAGGAUUCCCCUUGGAUUUCCAGAUCCCUCCACCAAAGCAAUUUGCCAGACAUCAUCAUUCUGAAUUAGAAACCAGACUUGAUCAUGAUCAUACAAUGACUUUGCAGCAUAAAUUUGGUCCUGAAUUCUACCAACCACAUUUGAGUGAGCGUGAAGAAUUGGCUAAAUCGGCUGCUGAAAGAGAUUUAUCUUUCUGGCUUAGAGUUGAUGACUCUGGUGUUGCGUCCAAGGAAAAGAAAUUUAAAUAUGCUGGAUUUGGUGCUGCUUCUGAUUCUUUAUUCUUGACUUCAUUAUCAAGAAUUUUACAUUUACCUAUUGCCAAAGAAUUGACUAGUGGUGGUAAAGGUGAGCAUUUCUUUUCGGUGUCUCUUGACCAUAGUGUAUAUUUCCAUGACGAUGAGUUUGACCCUAGUCAAUGGUUUUUCUUCAAUUUUAGAGCACCUAGAUUUGCGAACAAUAGAGUACUUCUUCAAGGAUCUUACUACAAUGAAGAAGGUAAACUUUUUGCCAGUAUUGUUCAAGAAGGACUUGUAUUCUUUCACAGUGGCUCGGAACUUAAAGCCAAGCUUUAA